AUGCAACGUGGAAAUUAUAAUAACGUUCAUCAACGUUGUGAUGACUUUGUAAUAGAUAUAGAACCUUAUCAUCCCGUUACCUCUCCUAGUGGUGCAUCAUCUUAUGGUACCGGAGGUACUGCCACCAUGGCCACUAAAAUAUCAUCUCAACCUUUAACUACCUCGUUUACUUUCACAAAUCCUAUUGCAUCCGAUGGUAAAUUAAGCAAAAAAAUACGUGACCUUGAAUUUCAUAAUCGUCUUCAAUCAGAUCAGUUAAAAUCAAUCCUUUGGGAACGGGAUGAUUUAAAGUAUAGAAAUCAUGAAUUAGAAACUAAAAUUAAAGUUUUACAAGAUCAGAUUAAUCAAUCUGGUCAGUUCCUCGAAGAAUGUGAAUCUUUAAAAAAUCAAAAUGAAAGUUUACAUAAUGGUGUUCGUCAACUACAAUCUAUGAUCAUCACUUCAAAUAAAGAACGUGAUGAUAUAAGAGGAAAAUAUCAAUUAUUAGAGUUAUAUCUAAAUCAAAUGCAAGAAAAGUUGUCUGAUAAUGAAAAGUUAAUACUUGAAUUGAAUGAAAUUAAAAAUCAAAAUAAUGAGAUCAUGUUAGAAAAUAAGAAUUUACAUGAAGAAGUCGAUCGUUUACGUGAAAAUGGUGACGAACUUGCUACUGAUAUUAGUAAAUUACAAAAUGAAUUAUCAUUUUACAUAAAACAACAUGAUGAAAAUAUUACUUUGGCUUCAAAUCCAGAUCAGAUCGUCGAAGGUGAAGCAGAAUUAGAAAUUCAUAAAGAAGAAUAUAAAAAAUUACAAGAUCAAUGUAAUGAAUUAUCUGGUUUAAUUCAAAAUGUUACAAAAGAACGUGAUAACUAUUUCAACCAAAUUUCCGACCUUUCAUCACAAUUAUCACUGUUGGAAACCGAAUUGAAUGUAGCGCGUCAGCAAAAAGAUGAAUUAACAAACAAUAAUAAUACUUUAUCUUCUCAAUUGGAACAAUUACAAAUUAAAUUGGAUAGCGUUACUCAACAUCGUGGUGAAAUAUUAAAUAAAAAUGAUACUCUAACAUCUCAACUAGGACGAGUUCAAGAUGAAUUAAAUCAAGUGAUAAAUCAACAAAAAGAUAAAGAUAAUUCUUUAAUAAGUGACCUAACAAAAGAGUUAAAUCGAAUGAAAGAACAAUUUCGUACGUUAAAUGAACAACAUGAAGAAUUACAGCGUCAAAAUCAUGACAUUGCAUCUGAACAAGAACGUUUGCGGACUGAAAAUGAACGUUUACAAUCCGAACUUGAACGCAUUAAAGUAGAUUCUAAUAAUAUUGUUCAUCAACGUGAUGAAUUUAAGGUUCAAAACGAAUCGAUAAUAUCAGAAAUUACGAUGCUAAAACAACAAUUGGAAGCCGUAUCACAUAAUAAAGAAAUGUCAGUAGCUGAAGCAAAUACUUCACAACAGACCAAUGAAUUAUCUACAGAAAAUGUGACAUUGCAAGCGGAAGUGGGUCGUCUUCGUGAUUUAUUAGAUAAUCUCACUGUAGAACUUGAACGAUCACGAAAGGGAUCGACUGAUCUAAUGCAGCAACGGGAUGGAUUUAAAUCUUUAAAUGAAGCUCUUAUGUCAGAACUUUCAAGAAUAAAACACGAAUUGGAUAUUGAAGUUCGUGGAAAUUAUUCACCUUCAGCUGAAAAUGUUAACCCUCACAUCCCACCCGCUCGAAGUUCCGCACCGCUCACACAAUCACUGCAGUCACAUUUACAAAACUAUUAUUCCCCGUCCGUAGCUACACAAAGAAACCUACCACAGCAAUUAAUUACACCACAGCCACUUGCAAAUACACCAAAUGGAACUUCAGAAUAUGUGAAUGAAUCUUCUGAAGAACCCAAAAUUUACAAAUCACCGCAAAUGUCGACAACUAUCUCAUUACCCGCGUCACCUUCUCAAAUAUCUGUAGCUAGUAACCGUACUUUCACAAAUGGAUAUUCAGAAAAAAAUAUUAGAAGAUCUAGCAUGUAUAAUUCAUCAAAACCACUACCUAGCUUGCCAACAAGUGGACAAAGUCAACGACCAAAAAGUUUUGCUUUCAGCCUCUCAAAUAGAAAAUCAUUAAUAUUACCAGAUAAGACAGAUAAGAUCACGUCUUCACAAUCAAAAAUUCCAAAACAAAUACCUAUGUGUCAGCAUUGUUCAAAGAAACAUUGUAAAAAGAAGUUCCCUAAAGGAUAUUCAAAAUUUUGUUCAAGUACAUGUAAAAGCGCUGCACAGAAAG